AUGAUCCAAUUCAGCAAACCUCGUCGCUUCCUCGUCAAGUCCAUGGACCAGUUUCGUCGCCACGAGACAAAUGCACGGGACUACAUCCCCAGCACUGGAGGUGCAGGCAGAUCUGGAACACCAAGUCGCUUCGAUACUAGUUUCUACCGCACUCAUGAUGCUCUCGGAUACAUCCCGUCUGACGUGCAGUCUCUACGCUCCCAAGCCACUUAUUCUUCUGGACUCCCUCCCUAUGUGUGCAGCGGCUGCUCCGGGGUUGAGGAGCGCAGCGCGUACGGUAGCUACGCCAGUUCCAUCAUCUCUCAGGAUGCUGGACCGCCAAGCACGGCAAGCAUUGGCGGUUCUGCCAUGGCAUUCUCGCAGUCAGACCGUUUACAGAGGCGUGGCUCCUUCUCCUCUGCUGCUGGUGCUUCUGACAUGGCCAGCAUGAGUGGAUAUGAUUACAAGAGCCGGGACGGCAUGACGACGUGA